GAUUACAGGUUGAAGUUUUUUGAAUUUAAAUCUGUGCAUUAAUUUCGGAUUUUCGGGUAUGAUUUCCCAAUUCGUAGAACUCCGUAUUGAUUAAUUCUCCUGUAAUUCCAUAGACUCAUGUUGUUAAAAUGAUAAUUAGAUCAUUGUAAUCAUACAUUUACGGGCACUUGGGGAUGCAACAAUCAUCCCCACCCUUUUCGACAAUAGAGUGAUUACAGGGGCAAUAGAGCGUUUGUCAAUGGAGUCGUUACACAUAUGAGUAUUAAUAUUGGCCCAGCCUUGGAUGAUUUUUCCACUCAUUACGUAUCAAUUACGAUAGAUUUAUUACAUCAAAUAUCUGGAGAACAUUCAGUGCUCCGAAUUUAUGAGCGUCUCGUGACGGCAAUACGGUGUCAUUAUUCCGCAUGGUGCGACGAUAUUGAGAAUUCAAUGGAUCUUUUAUUUCAUAAUUGGAUCUUGUAAUAGAAAUGGUCAUGCUGGGGUCAUGUGAUCAUCUCUAAUCCAUGUCAUGGGGUAGGUCAAUGAUGCUCUCGAUUUUUUCUCUCAUCACAUCAGUCCACGCACUUCACGUGUGAAUAUCUCCGUCGAAGAGCCACAGACUUUAUCAUUUUAAUUUACAUAGAAUUUUAUGGACUAGUGGAUCCGUUGGAGGCUCAUUGAAAAUCCGAUAUGUCGUGCAUUCGUGUGUUCCUGUUCCUCACUCUAGCUGUGGUAUCAAUCGUUGAGAUAAAUGGUCUGUGCGGCCGCAAUGAGAGAUUCCAGAAAUGCGGGAGUUCCUGUCCUCCGAGUUGUGCAAAUCCUGAUCCAGGACCCUGCGCUCAAAUCUGCAAGAGGGGAUGCUUCUGCAGAUCUGGAUUCAUGAGGAACUCGAAGGGGCAGUGUACCAAUACCUGUCCAUAAUUAAAAAACAAUAAAUUUUUAUUAUCAUAACAAUAAUCCCUAUUGUAAUAAGCGCAGGAAUAACUAAAUCCUCUGCAUUUUAUACUUUCAUUACUGACUUUCCAGAAAAUAUAAACGCAUGUCUAUUAUCCAAUCAAUAACAAUUUAAAUAAAAUAAUAAAUUUUCUUGUGU